UACAGGCGAGGUAGAAAGGAUAGAGGGGGACGAGAAGCGCAGCUCAAGAAACAAAAGCAAAACAAUCUUUCGCUGUUUUCUUACACGCAUAAAUAAAAAAUGAAUAUACCGUGUGCUCGCUGUGGCUUUGGCGUUUAUCCCGCUGAGAAAAUAGUUUGCAUAGACCAGACAUGGCACAAGUCUUGCUUUCACUGUGAGGUCUGCAAAAUGAUCUUAACUGUCAACAAUUUUAUCAGUCACCAGAAGAAACCUUAUUGCCAGGCGCACAACCCCAAAUUCAACAAAUUCACCAGUGUGCUAGAUACACCUCUGAACCUGAACGUGAAAAAACAAAGCGAGUCCAGUGAGAUUAAGUACCGUGAGGAAGCCGAAAAAUUCAAAUCAGUUUUUCAUUGGGAUAUAAAGUCGAAGCAACUGGAGCAUGCCUGUACGGUUGGGCGACUUGCGAGUAAGGUGCAGUAUACUAAAGCAUGGGAUGAAAUAAAGGAAUCAUAUAGCUUACCACCAGAUAUGCCCUCUAUUUUACAAGCACAGAAAAAUAUGGAACUUGUCAGCAAGCAUGCUUACAAGGCUGCCUAUGAAGAAGACAAAAAUUGGUACACUGCUUGUGUUACAAGUCCAGAGCUUGUACGAGUUGUCCAGGCUCAAAAAGCUAUCAGUGAUGCGGAGUAUAAACGUGGACAUGGAGAGCACAUUUCUCAGUACACUUCAGUGAUGGACACUCCACAGUUACUACAUGCCAAAGCAGGAGGGAUAUUGGCUAGUGAUCUUAAAUACCACGAAGACUAUGAGAAGAACAUUAAGGGAAAAUGGAGCCAAGCAGCAGGAGCUCAAGUUGCCAUGACAAGAGAGAAUUCAGUAAAGUACAGUCAGCCUGAGUACUCUGCUGAUUCCGAGGAAACUAGAGGGAAAGGCAGUUUCCCUGCUAUGAUCACACCAGCAUACUACAAUGCCAAGAAGGCUAAUGAACUUGCAAGUGAUAUAAAAUACAAAAAAGAUCUAACAACAAUGAAGGGAUCAGCCCAGUACCACAUACUAACUGCUGAAGAAAACUUAGCGAUGAAGCAUGUUAAGGAAGUCAACAAGCUUGUCAGUGAGAUAGAAUACAAGAAGGACCUAGACUCAUCUAAAGGCUACAGCAUUAACUACUGCGAGACUCCUCAAUUCAAGAACAUAGCUAAGUUAUCUAAAUAUACCAGUGAUCUCAAAUACAAAGAAGCCUACCAUAAUCAAGUGAAAGGCCAUUAUGAAGGGAUAGGUAUGGACAGCCGUACACUACAUUGUAUGAAAGUUGGAAGCUUGGCAAGUGAUAGGAAGUAUAAAGCUGCUUUGGAGGGGGACAAAAUGCUUUGCUUUUAUUCAGCUGAGACUGCACCUUCGUAUGAGACACUGAAGAAACUCGUCCCACUGAAAGAUAUGUACUACAGGCAGCAUGUGAAGAAGUUGAAGUACUCAUCAGUAACAGACACUCCCGAGAUAGUGCAAGCAAGAAUUAAUGCGAAGCAACUAAGCAAUUUGAAUUAUCGGGCACAAUAUGAAAAGACCAAAACCCAGUACACAUCGCCUCUCGAAGUGCCACAUCUACUUAAGGCCAAGGCUAAUGCUGAUCUGUACAGUGAUAUCAAGUACAAGGAAUUCUGGGCAAAGAAUAAGGGCAAAGGGUUUCAUAUGAAGCUGGAUUCGAUAGCCCUGCUAGCUGCCAAAGCCUCUGGGAACCUGGCAAGCGAUAUAAAAUACAAAGCAGCGUAUGAGAAAACCAAGGGUAAAGCAAUGAGAAGUAAAGUGUAUGAUUCGAAGACCCUGCAUUCUCUGAGGGUUUCCAAGAUGAGCAGUGAGAUAGAAUAUAAGAAGAACUUUGCAGAAACAAAUGCCAAAUUCCACCUACCACUGGACAUGGUGAACCUGACACAUGCCAAGAAAGCGCAGGCUUUGGCCAGUGACUUGGAAUACAGGAAGAGGCUCCAUGAAUAUACACUGGUGCCAGAAGACAUGAAAGUUAAAUGGGCAAAGAAAGCCUAUGGAUUACAGAGUGAGCGUAAAUACAGAGCAGACUUGACAUGGAUGAAAGGAGUAGGAUGGGAGGCAGAACGAAGUCUGGAUGUGGAACAGGCUAGGAAAGCCGGGGACAUUCUGAGUGAGAAAAAGUACAGACAGAGAGUUGAUGCGUUAAAAUUCACAAGUGUGGCAGACACUCCGCAGAUUAUUCAUGCCAAGAGAAGCCAAGAUUUGCAAAGUGAUUUAACGUACAAAGCAAUGGGUGAACAGAGCCUUCAUGAGUACAGCAUCAGCAAAGAUGAGCCAUUGUUCAGACAAGCCAAGGCAAAUGCUGAGUAUCUAAGUGAUAAAAUCUACAAGAGUGACUGGGAGGCUCAAAAACAAAAAGGCUUUGAGCUGCGGCUGGACACUAUAGCAAUUUUGGAAGCAAAGGCGAAACGAGAUCUUGCAAGUGAUGUCAAGUACAAGGAGGCGCAUGAGAAGAUAAAGGGCAAGUUGAUCGGGGUGAAGGAUGUAGCGGGUGACUCUCAGAUUUCCCACUCUAUCCAAGCUUCCAAGCUGCAGAGUGACCUUGAGUACAAAAAGAAAUCUGAGGGAAACAAAACAAAGAUCCAUCUGACAAUGGACAUGCUGGAAUUGGUACAUGCAAAACAAGCUCAGAGCCUGGCCACUGACAGGGACUACAAGAAGCGAUUCCAUCAAUAUACUGUCCUACCUGGAGAUAUGAAAAUUGAAUGGGCUAAGAGAGUGUAUGCACUGCAAAGUAAUAACCAGUACAAGUCUGACUUGAAUUGGAUGCGUGGUGUGGGAUGGAUAACCAGUGGUUCUCUAAAUGCUGAACAGGCUAAGAAGGCAGGAGAACUGUUCAGUGAGCGAAAAUAUCGUCAGCAUCCAUAUGCCCUGAAAUUUACAAGUGUUACAGACUCUCCUGAAAUGGUACAAGCCAAGAUCAGUUAUAACCAGGCAGUGGAUAGACUGUACAGGGAAGAUGGAGAAAAUGUAAAACAUCACUACACACUGACAAAGGACCUCCCAGAAUUCCUGCAAGCUAAAACUAAUGCCAUGAACAUCAGUGAGAACCGCUACAGGGAGUCGUGGACAAAAUUACGGGAUGCUGGAUAUAAACUACUUUUGGAUGCUAUUCCAGUCCAAGCUGCCAAAGCAUCAAGAGAAAUUAUUAGCGAUUACAAAUACAAAGAAGCAUUUGAGAAGACAAGAGGUCAGAUGGUUGGAAUACAAAAACUGGAGGAUGAUCUGAACAUUUCUCAUUCCGUUCAUGCAGCCAGGCUCAACAGUGAUCUGAAGUACAGGAAAGAUUUUGAGGAGACAAAGACUGAUUUCCAUCUACCCAUGGAUAUGGUGAACCUUGUCCAUGCUAAGAAAGCCCAAGGUUUAGCCAGUGACCAGAACUACAAAUAUAUCAUUCACCAUUAUACAACAGUACCCGAUGACUUGAAGUUGCAAUGGGCAAAGCACGCCUAUGAUCUGCAGAGUGAGAACCUGUACAGAUCUGACCUGAACUUCAUGAAAGGAGUGGCUUGGAUUUCAACAGGGGCUUUAGGAAUCGAAGAAGUGAAGAGAGCAACUGCCCUUAUCAGUGAGAAAAAAUAUCGUCAACAUCCAUAUUCGCUAAGGUUUACGCAGGUGGCAGAUUCGCCUGAUUUGAUUCGUGCAAAAUUGAGUAACAUCAUUGCCAACGAGCGCCUUUACAAAGCUGCAGGAGAAGAUGCCCGACAUCAUUACACUCCAAUUGUUGGUUCACCUGAAUACAUUCUGGCAAGAAUUAAUUCUGCAAACCUCAGUGAGGUGAGGUACAAACAGUCGUGGCUGAACCAACAAGCUCUUGGAUACAAACUGACACUUGAAGCCAUUCCCUUCCAGAGUGCAAAAGCUUCCCGGCAAAUAGCAAGUGAUUAUCAAUACAAGAGUGCCUUUGUGAGAGAGAAGGGAAAACAUAUUGGUGCUAGAAGCAUUUUGGAUGAUCCCAAGAUGCUGCACUGCAUGCAAGUUGGAAAGCUACAGAGUGAAAAGCUGUACAAGAAAGAAUCACAAGAAAGCAGAACACAGUUCCACUUAUCAUUGGACAUGGUGAACCUGGUGCAUGCUAGGAAUGCUCAGGUUUUGGCCAGUGGCUUGGGUUACAAGAAGUUGAUUCAUGGAUAUACAGUUCUACCAUGUGACAUGAAGAUGCAAUUGGCAAAGAAAGCCUAUAACCAGCAGAGCGAGAUACAAUACAAGUCCGAUCUAAACUUCCUGAGAGGUGUUGCAUGGAUGACUCAGGGCUCCCCACAGAUUGAGACAAUGAAGAAAGCUGGUGAACUUAUCAGUGAGAAAAAAUACAGACAGCACCCCGAUACCUUGAAGUUUACAAGUGUGAUCGACUCUCAAGAUAUCAUGCAUGCUAAGAAAAGCUACCUUCAAUGCAGUGAUAGGUCGUACAGAUCUAGAUAUGCACAGUCUAUGCAUAGAUGUACAAUACCACCCGACCAUCCUGAUUUCAAGCGAGCAAGAAUUAAUGCCUACAACAUCAGUGAUAAAGCUUACAAGACAUCUUGGGAACAGACAAGAGCACUGGGUUAUGACCUUAGAUUGGACGCUAUCCCCUUCCAGACAGCCAAAGCGUCAAGGGAAAUAGCCAGUGAUUACAAAUACAAGCAAGCAUUUGCGAGAGAGAAGGGUCAGCAGAUUGGCUUCCGCAGUGUUGACGAUGAUACAAAAAUGAAGCACUUCUUGGCUGCCAGCAGACUCCAGAGUGCCAAGGAAUACAAGAAGGAAUUUGAAGAGGGCAAAUCCAAGUACAGAUUGCACAUGCAGCAACCUGGUUUUGUACAAGCUAAAAAGAGCCAGGAGCAAGCCAGUAACAUUAACUACAGGCAGUACUUACAUCAGUGGACAUGUGACCCUGAACAGCUAAAUGUGAAGCAUGCCAAAAAAGCUUACAAACUACAAAGCGAUGUUGCAUACAAAUCUGACCUGAACUGGAUUCGUGGCAUUGGCUGGACACCUCCAGGUUAUCAUAAAGUAGAAAUGGUUAAGCGUGCAGCUGAUAUGGCGUAUGCACAAGGGCUGGACCCACAGAACGCAGCCAUUCAGUUUGAACAAUUCAUGAAAGCUCAGGCAGACAGAAGUACAGAAGAAUCUCAGCGGACAGAUGUGAUGCCAGAUGCGACUGAGAUGCUUCAAGUAAAAAAGCGCAAGAUGAAGCUCACUAAAUAAUGAAAUGCUAACACUGCUAAUUGCUGUUCUAGUUGUUAAAUGGCACAUUUUUCCCCAGAUUAUAUAUAAGCUACAUUUACAUUUUGUUUUAGUUUUUAGUGAAAAACUGCAUACAUAAUUAAUGCACCUUCUGUACUGCAAGAUACUUUUCUUGUUCAUUUUCUAUUCACCCCUAUGUAUUAUGCAGUUUAACUUGUAACUUCUUUGUCUAAGUGAAAACAUAUACAUUGAGAAUUAUUUAAGUGUUAAACUUUAUAUGUGUCUUUGGGAAUGGAAAUUAUAUUUACUAUAUUAUAUAUAUUGGUGUAGACCAAUUAACCACCAGUCUAUAGUAUUGGACUGGCCCACUUUUGCACAAGGCCAGAAUCUAUUCAACAAAUAUCCCCAAAAAUGAUGGGGGGUGGUGGUGGGGUCAGGUCGGGGCAGGGUUGGAAUUUUCUACUUGGGUGCCAAAUGAUCAUGAUAUCGGAAGUGUGCCAAUAAAGCAGUCAGGCAGUCUGAGCCAUUUGCGUGUUUGGACCUGAUUGACAUUUUUGCCAGGAGCUAUGGGUGCUAAAUGGGUGUUCUGCUUCAGAAUACUGCCAAGCUGAAGUGUAAAAUCAACUGAUGGCUAGGCCUGUUGGGAGAAGGUUGGUGGGGGUUGGGGGCAGGAGAGGAGAGGUGUUGGGGCAGCAACAGACUCGAAGAUUUUUGUGAGGCUUAGAGGAGUACUUCUGCUUAAGGAAAAACAAAACCCUCACCUUCUUUGGAAAGGCCUUUAGCAGCCCCUUUAAAGGUCAACGAUUAAUCUUGAUGCUUGAAUGUGGGACUAGCAGGCAUUGUGCAUGUCCCAUGCAUAUUGUAAUCAGGAGACGACAGCAGGCAUGGGAGCCUAACUUUGUAUAUUUCAACAACCUCUCACCUGUUUUGGACAGAAGCUGAAUGAUUGAAACAGCAAAAUGGGUAUAUAAUCGAUGAUUUGAACUUAAAUGUAGGGGCCAUGAUUAAGAAGUCUGCUGACGAUACAAAAAUUUGCCUUGUGGUUGAUGAUCGGGAAGAAAACUGUAGUUUGCAGGAAGAUAAGAGUGGACUAGUCAAAUAAAUGGUACAAUGGCAAAUGGAGUUCAGUCUGGAGAAUUGUGAGGUAAUGCAUUUGGGGAAGACUAUUGAGGCAACGGAAUGUACAAUAUAUGGUAGGAUACUGAAAAGUGUAGAGAAACCCAGGGUCCUCAGAGUGCAUAUCCACAAAUCCCUGAAGGUGACUGCACAGAUAGAUAAGGUGAUCAAGAAGGCAAACGGGAUACUUACCUUUAUUAGCCGAAGCAUAGAAUAUAUCAACUGGGGGGGUUAUACUGGAACUGUACAAAACACUAGUUAGGCCACAGUUGGAGUACUGUCAGCAGUUCUAGUCACCUCACUAUAGGAAAGGCAUGAUUGCACUAGAGGGGCUACAGAGGAGAUUUAUGCAGUUGUUGUCUGGACUAAAGGAUUUUAAUUAUGAAGAAAUGUUGGAUAGGCUAGGGUUUUUUCUUUGGUACAGAGGAAGCUGAGGGGAGAGCUAAUUGAAGUGUGUGUGUGGCGUCUUGAUAGGCUGGAUAUGGAGACGCUAUUCCCCAUGGUUGAGAGAUCUAUUAUCAGGAGGCAUGGAUUUAAGGUAAGAGGUAGGUGGUUUAGAAAAGAUUCAAGGGGAAUUUUUUUCAUGCAGAGAGUGCUGUGGAUCUGAAAUGGUGGUAGAGACAGAAAAACUCAAAAUGUUUAAAAAGUACUUGGAUAUGCACUUGAUAUACUGUAACCUACAAGGCUACAGAUAAAGGACUGGGAAGUGGGAUUAGGCUGAAUGGCUCCUUGUCAGCUGGCACGGAUAUGAUGGUCUGAAUGGCCUCUUUCCGUGCUGUAAAUUUCUAUAUAACAUCAGAUUUCACCUUUGUUGGUCACCCAUAUUUCAGGUGUGAACCAAAUGGCCAGCAGUUGAAAACCUCUCGAUAAGUCUUUGAGCUAAGUUCAUCAUCGGGUGCUCCUCCUUUCGCUCUGUUUUUCCCCUUCUUUCUCAAAUGCCUGUUUUCUAUCCUGAAGAGUUUCCAGCUCCAGAGAAUGAAUUGGAGACCUGUUUCUCCAGCUGUCACAGGGAGGUGUGCAAGUGUGGCUCAGGCUAAUUCUCCAUCUGAUUAUUUAUCUCUUUUACUUCUCUUACUGUGAGAAAUAGGUCUCAGCAUUUAUCCAUGUCAAUGUUUUGAGAGUGAAAUCCCAGUGCCACCUCAUCCUCUCACUCUGUGAUACAAUAUGCAGGUGGCUUAAUGUCUUGUCUAUCUUGCCACCUGGCACUUGCCUCAUACAUUUGCACCAAAUGUUUCUUAUCCAAAGUGUUGAUAACUGACACAACUGCUGAGUCACAUUCUAGCUUUGAGUCCCAAUUCUGACAAGAUGAAUUAGCUUCACCAGCUUGGGGGUUGGGGGGAAGGUGAGGGGAUUCAUAAUAUUUGCACAAUUGUUUUCAAGAACCGAUUGUCUAACCUAAGCUUGUAAGAAGUUAAAUGUAGAGAGAUGUGCAUAUUUUCCAGAGAUGGUAAAAAUAAAUAUGAUUCUAAGUUA